GGGGGAUACGGCAGAAGCCUAAGGACCACUCGAGGAGGAAGUCAGUUGUCAUGGCAACUCAAUCGCGAGCAGCGUACCCGAAACUUGGCCUCGGCUGCAUUCGGGCUGGUUUAGUUGACGUCAGAGGUGAGCGCGCGCGGAGAGUCGGUGACGAAGGCGGAAGCGGCACAGGAGCAAGACGAGAGCUGCGGGAUGCGGCGCUGAGAGGCUCCCCUCUCGCCCCCUCCCGCCGCGCCGGACCCAGCUCCGCCAUGGAGCUGCAAGAUGGUAGCCAAGAAAUGGCAGCUUCUCCUUCAACCCCUGCAACUGGCAAAUCAAGGCUGGAUACAUUACCCAGAGAAGAUCUUAUCAAAUUUUCAAAGAAGCAAAUGAUGCUUAUACAGAAAGUGAAAUUAAGAUGUACAGAAUUGGAAAAAGAGAUUCAAGAACUGAAAACAAAAUCUGCUGCUGGAGGAACAGAUGAUAUUAUUCAGGCCCUCACAGAAAGGCUUGAUGCUGUUCUUCUGGAAAAAGCUGAAAUCCAGCAGCAGUGCCAAACUCUGAAGAAAGAAAAUGUGAAAAGGCAGCAAGAAGCAGAGGCUGCUGUUGCCAAAGAAGAAGAUUUGCAGAAGAAGUUUGCACAAUCUAACACUGGCUACCUGAAAGAAAUUGAACGUCUUAAAACUGAAUGUGUAACAGCACAGUCCAAAUAUAAUGACUCCAUCGCCAUGCUACAGAGUGAAUUGUAUGCAGAAGUGAAGAAACAAGAACAGCUCACAGAACAGCUUGAACUUCUUAAUAAUAGGCAGGAAGAAAGAAAAAGAAUACAGGAACAGGUCCAGAAAACAAAUACUGACUAUGAGCAACAGAUCUUGAACCUUACAAAACAGUUAGAAGCUUCCAGUGAGGAUAAGGAGGAAAUUGUUAAGCUGCAUGAUGUUAUUGAAAGCAAUUCUCAGUGUUACCAAAAUGAAAUUGACAGACUAGAUGAAGAAUUGGAAAAACUGAAGACAACUCACCAAAAGGAGGUGUCAGAGUUGAGGCAUCAGCUUGAAACUUCUGCUCACAUAUGUGAAGAAGAGAGAAAUACCUUAGAUCAGCUAAAGCAGGACUUAAUAGAGAAGCACAGGGUAAAAGAGAAAAGCAUGCAGGAUGAAUUGCAUGCUUGUAAAGAGAACUAUGAACAUGAACUGGAAUAUAUAAAGCAAACUUCACCUAAAAAUGAAGAAAACCAAACACAGAUUAGAAAUGUACAUAUGGAAACAGAAAUGGCAGAAAAAGUCAGGCACUUACAGAAUUCUUUAAAAGAAUUAGAAUCUCAACACAGUAUACUACAAGAUGAAUUAACCUAUAUGAAUAACAUUAAGAUGAAACUGGAAGUGGAAGUCCAACAUACAAAGGAUGAAUACUUUCAUGAGCGGGAAGAUUUGGAGUUCAAGAUCAAUGAACUACAACUUACCAAAGAGGAUCACUGUUGUGUGAUUGAAAGACUGAAAUCAGAGCUUCAGGCAAUAAGAGAACAACAACAAAAUACCACAACAGAGCAUAGUCUAGAAAUUCAAGAUCUGGUAGAAAAGCAUGGAAGAGAAAUCUGUGAGCUUAAACAAACUCUAUUGUCAAAUUCAGAGAAAGAAAAGAGGUUAUUGUUUCUUGAAAUACAGGAUCUUAAAGAACAAUGUCAAACGCACAUGCAGGAGAAAGAAGAAGCAAUUGCUGGUUACGAGAACUUGAGAGAAACGAUGGAGACCCUGCAAGCUGAACUGGGAGAAUCAGCUGGGAAGAUAAGCCGAGAAUUUCAAUCUAUGAAACAGCAACAGGCUUCAGAUGUUGAUGAACUACAGAAAAAGCUUAGAGCUGCAUUCAAUGAAAAGGAUGUUCUCCUUGAGACAGUGAAUAAUCUCCGGGAAGAAGUGGAACAACUUUCCUCCACAAGAGAAGAGGUGGAAAAACUGAGGCAUAAAAUAGGCACACUUCAGGAGGCGAAUGAGAAACUCAUUACUUCACUACAUCAAAAAGAGACUGCAAUAAAAGAACUGGAAGAAAAGGAGAGUGUGCUUUCCUUGCGGAACAAUAGCAUCCUUGAUGAAAUGAAAUGCUCCACUGAAGAAAUUGAAAACCUCCAGGAAGAAUGCAAAGUGGAACAAGGGAAGGUUGCAGAACUUCAGCAACAGGUUGAGGCUCUUAGGUUUUGCAACCAUGAAUUAGAGCGAAAAGCUGAGGAGUUAACAGAGAAACUGAAAGGCACUUCAGUGGAAAAGGAAGAGAACCAGCAAAGGAUGAGGGAAUUUGAACAACAGCUUGAAGCUCUUCAGCAAGAUAGAGAGCAUCUCUCAUCUGAAGUAGAGACUCUUCAUUGUGAAAAUAGCAAAAUAAAGGAAGAAAGAGACCGAACAUGUAAGGAGCUGGAAACCAUUGCUGUUGAAAAGGGAAACUGGUUAAUGUCUAAAGAGCAAGCUGAACAUUUAGAAAUGAAACUGCAAAUAGCCAAUAAAGAGAGAGACCAUUUAGCUAAGUUGCUUGAUGAGGAAAAAGCCUUCAAAUCACAUCUCGUCAGUCAGCUGCAUAGUUUCCUUGAGCAAAUGGGCUCCAAAUAUCCAGAUGAAAAUAAAGAAGAUAGUGUUGUGGAUCUGCUGCAAAUUGCAAAUGAAUCCUUGGCAAAAAUGAAGGAAGAAAAGCAGAGCCUGAGUUCCCAGAAAGAUGAAAAUAUUUUUCUGCAACAGGAGAUGCGGAGGCUCCAGGAAGAAAGUACAGCUUGUUGUAUGGAGCUCAGAUCUCAAUUGGAUGACUCUGAAAAAGAAAAACGCCUUUUAAGAGAAGAGUUGGAGGGGGCUUUGUCAGAAAAGGAAGCUCUGCAGCUAGAUAUCCAGGAGUUGAAACAUGCCAGUGAAAAAGUCAGGAAUGAGAACAAAAAUUUUCUAGCUCAUAUUGAAGAUAUAUCUGCAAAAUGUGCACUGCAUGAAAGCAAAAUAAAAGAGCAAGAGGAAAAACUGGAAGAAGAGCAGAAGAAUCUAAACUUAAUUCUAGAACAAAAAGAAACUGAGCUGAACAGGGUGCAAGCUGAUCUUUCUUUGCUAAAGAGUUCUGUGGAAGAGUCUUCAGUUAACAGUGACCAACAAUCAUCAGAAAUACAAAAAAUAGUGAACUUGGAAAACCAACUUAAAGAAAAGGAAGAAAAAUUAAAUAAAUUUAAAGCUGUUGCUGUGAAAUUAAGGAAAGAAUUGGAUUCUAGCAAAAAAGAGGUGCAGUCACUUAGAGACGAGCUGGAGGUAGCAAAACUGAAGAGAGAACAGCUAUCUACUUCAAUGAGAGAUGUCAUUCAGGGCGCAGAGAGCUAUAAGAAUCUCUUAACAGAGUUUGAUAAACAGGCAGAACAACUGGAUUUUGAAAGAGAGCGAACUCGUAACUUUGAACAUCAUAUAGAUGACCUUAAAAGACAACUGGAGUCUUCAACUCAGCAGCAAGACCAGUUGCACUCUGCUAAUGAAGACUUCUUGACUCGAAUUGGAGCUCUGCAGUCUAACACUAAGCUGUUAGAAACUCAGCUAUUAGAAACACAGAGAGCCAAAGCAAAAGUUGACAAGGAACUUGAGGCCGAAAAGCUUCUAAAAAACCAAAAGAUAAAGGACCAUACCAGCGCUGUAAAAGAAGUUGAAGAACUGCAGACACAACUUCAGAAAGAAAAGAAGCAUCUUCAGAAAGUGUUGGAAGAGCUGGAGUGGGCAAAGAAGGGUGCACAGAAGAGUACACUGAUGGACAUGGAAAUAGCUGACUAUGAUCGUUUGGUUAAAGAACUUAAUCAAAAGAUUGCUAACAAAGGCAGCAGAAUUGAAGACCUUGAGCAAGAGAUUAACAUUCAGAAACAGAAACAAGAAACUCUGCAAGAAGAAAUCAAAUCCUUUCAGGCCGCUGUACAGCAGCAUGAAGAAAAGAAUUCCAAGAUCAAAGUACUCCUGGUGAAAACGAAAAAAGAACUGGCAGACUCUAAACAAUCGGAAAAUGAACUUCUGAGAUUUCAGGCAUCUUUAAAAGGAGAGUUGGAAGCAAGUCAACAGCAAGUGGAAGUUUAUAAGAUUCAGUUGGCUGACCUAACCUCAGAAAAACACAAGAUUCAGGAACAUCUGCGGACUUCAGUAGAACAACAGCAGCGAGUCUUGAGUUCUUAUCAGCAGAGACUUGCAGCUCUCCAAGAAGAGUGCAGUGCAGCAAAGGCAGAACAUGCCACUGUGACCUCUGAAUUUGAAAGCUACAAAGUCCGUGUUCAUAAUGUUUUAAAGCAGAAAACGAAAUCUGCUUCUCAAGCUGAAAUGGAGGUGACCAAACAAGAAAGAGAACACAUGGAAAAGGUAAUAGACCAGCUGAAGAUCAAAUUGCAAGACACACAACAUAACUUACAAAUUAAUGCAACUGAGCUUCAAGCACUGCAGACAGAACAUGAUACACUGUUGGAAAGGCACAACAAAAUCCUUCAGGAGACUGUGGCAAAGGAAGCAGAGCUCCGAGAAAAACUCUGCACUAUACAGUCUGAAAAUAUGGUGAUGAAGUCAGAGCAUACACAAACUGUGAAUCAGCUUACAGCCCAGAAUGAAGCUCUCCGGAACAGUUUCCGAGACCAAGUCAGACAUCUGCAAGAAGACCACAGGAAGACUGUGGAGACGUUACAGCAACAACUGUCCAAACUAGAAGCUCAGCUCUUUCAACUCAGAAGUGAACCAAGCACAAAAAGUCCUGCUUCUUCCAACUUACCAACUAAGAACUUGCGAGAACGGAGAAACACUGACCUUCCUCUUCUCGAUGUGCACACUGUAGCACGCGAGGAAGGUGAAGGAAUGGAAACCACUGAUACAGAGUCUGUAUCUUCUGCUAGCACCUAUGUUCAAUCCUUGGAGCAGCUUCUUAAUACCCCUGAUGCAAAAUUUGAACCUCCGCAGUGGCAAACAGAGCUCACAAAAGAAGAAUUGAUCCAGCAGUUAAAUACCAUAUCAAAGAGUGCUGAUCACUUAAAUGGAUUGCUUCGUGAAUCAGAAGCAACCAAUGCAAUCCUAAUGGAACAAAUUAAGCUGCUUAAAAGUGAAGUUAGGCGAUUAGAAAGGAAUCAAGAACGAGAGAAAUCUGUUGCUAAUCUGGAAUAUUUGAAGAAUGUUCUGCUACAGUUUAUAUUUCUGAAGUCUGGCAGUGAAAGAGAGAGGCUUCUUCCUGUUAUCGAUACCAUGUUGCAACUGAGUCCAGAAGAAAAAGGAAAGCUUGUGGCAAUUGCUCAAGGUGAAGAAGAGAGCUCAUCACAACCGUCUGGAUGGGCAUCAUACUUGCACAGCUGGUCAGGACUUCGAUAACACUGUGAAUUCUCACUGUUUGAACAUUUAAGAUCCAUAAUUGCACUGAGAGGAAUCUCAACACUGAAGAAUGAACCAUAUACAUGUGUAGCCAGGGUAACUUUGGUUAUUUUCUGUUGGUUAUUUUAAGUAAUAAUCUGAUUUUUUACUUAAGCCUUGUGCAUAGUUGCAUAAUGAAUUGUGACUUCAGAUUCUGGUCCCUAUUCAGCUAUGUGCUAAUGAAUGCAUAGUGCUCCCUUAUAUGUAAAAGUUCUCCUGUCACUCAUUCAGUGCGGGGGGGGGCAGUUCAUACGCAUCCCUUUUUGUCUCCUCUGUUGAAAUCAGUGGUUAAGUUUCCUCAUUCAGAAUUCCACAUGCACACUGAAGUGCAGCUGUGAUGCCUGACUGCAGCAAAUAUCUCUUUCUGAAGUAUAUAUGGUGCAAGUUGAUGAUCAAUGGUAAGACCAAAGUCAAAUCAGCAAAUCUGGCCAUACCAGUUUUGUUGUUUAAAACAUUACCUGUGUAAUGCCUGGGAACCUUAAAUUUAAUUUUACUUAAUAAAGUACUGCAGAACAUAACUUACAGACUUCUUGUUUUCUGAAAAGGAGAGGGAUAUUUAAAAAGAAAACCAUUUGGCUAAAGUCCUAGGAUUGAAUAAAUUGAAAAUAGGGCAAAAAGCCAAACUUUAGUGAUUCCUCAAGCUUUUGAGGACAUUGCUGUGUCAGCUCUUUUGGACUGUGCAUUAAAACAUUAGUUAAUGAGAGAGCUGAGAACAUUUUCCCUAAUAAAUGAUUCCCACUUUUACAAAUAAAUAAAUAUUAGAAACUGCAUUGUACUCUGACAACUCAUGCUGACAGAACCAAUGAUGCGAGUAACAAUACAAGGAGAUCCUAAAAUAAGAUUAGAGUUAGCUUCAGUAGUCAUAAAGAUUAAGUGUUCUUAGUGUAACUUCAGGUAUAACAUCAGACUACAUGUAACUCCCAUUUAUAUGGAUUUUCGAAAGGUUGCCUUUUUCUCCAUAUCAUCCUUUUCAAGGUCUCAAUUGUUUGAAUGUCUGUCACCUAUUUUAAUGCAGUUUUGUAAUCGUUUUAUUUGCCUCUCUUCUAAAAGAGAUGCUGUCAGUGAUAGAUAUAAAAAAAGGAUGUGAUGUGGUUGUAUCCUUCAGUUCAUGGAAAUCAUGGAUCUGAAGAAAUCUCUUUAAAUCGGACCAAAGCUUUAGUUCCUACUCCACAUCUCUGCUCUGGUUGUAGAACAAACUUCCUGGGUUGAGGCAGGAGACAGGCUAGAGAUUCAUCUUGCACCCAGCAGUGAGACCAUCUGGCUACUGCAGUUCCACUUUAAAAAAUACUUAUGGGCAGCAUGCUUUUUUCUUCCUCUUUAAUUGCUUAGCAGUCCUGGGAAAUGACACAGGUUCCCUGAGAUAUUUUGGAGAGCUGCUGUAAUGGCAGAUCCAUUAAGUUAGAACAAGGAUUGGGAGAGUGACAAAGGAGGACAGACCUGAAGCAUAGCUUUGGCAGUCCAAUUGGGGUUGGUUGAAUCAGCCUUGAUUCAGCUCAGUUUUCUCAAACUGGACUGUGAUUCAGUUUGGGUGGAAUUGGGCCAAUUCAGUUUGGUCCUGAUUUGACUGCCAAAGCUUUGCACAAUUCCCUACUGCUUAACACUAGCAGUUGAGAAUAGGUUGAAAGACAAAUAUCAUGUUAUACUGGAGUUCUAGAUAAAGUUCUUGAUGAUCUUGCUAGGUAGCUUCAUGUGCCUGAGAAUUCUGCAUGUGAAGUUGCAUAUAAUUACAUGAGAUAUAACCCGAUUAUUGGAACCAGUUUCUGAAUGGAGGUAAUAGUGAUCCAGUGCAUUCAUUUAGAAUUGAAGUGAAUAUUUUGGAUGGCCGGAGAGAAUAUUUAUUCAGAGAAGAUUUGUGAAUUUCAAAACCACUUCAGAGAUCAUGCAUGAAUCUUCAUCUAGGCAGUUUAAUAAGUUAUAUAAUUCAUGACAUGUUGCAUCUAUUUCAGACCUUGUGAGAGAAUGCACCAAUCUUAUAAAGUGUGUAAUGAGAAACAGCCCUUGGCUACCUUGUGAAUUACAUAUAUUUCAAGUUAUUACUACUUGCCACAAUUCUACCAUUUUCUGCAGUCCUGAAAGCAACUGGAACGUGAGAUGAAAUUAGCCAUGUGAGAUGCUUGAGAAUAUUUCUCAUCAAUAAUAAGUGCAUAAUCUUCAGUCAUCAUAUCAGGCUAGAAGUAUCUUGGCCCGGCUUUGAUAGCAUGGCAGUUGGGUGUAAAAUAUCUGUUUAAACACCUAUAUUGCUGCUGUUCAGGCUCCCACCAUGGUGUUCACACCUGCAGUUCCCUUUCAGGAUACAGCCAUGCCUUAAAUCUUACUUGCGUUUCACAUCAUUAAAUGUUAAUUUAUCUCACUGCAAGAAGUGUAAUGGCUUUUUUAAAAUAGUAAUUUCUGUAAGGAGACAUAUCUUGGCUUAUGCUCUGUCAUGUACUUUUACCUGAUUAGAUUGAGUAGAACUUUAAGUGCACGUCUUUGCACUUUCUGUAAUAGUACAUUGUUUUCAGAGUUUGCUACUGACUGAAAGUUGUUUUCCUAGCUAUAUAAUGUUGUAAACAGCUGUGACAAGAAGAAUUUUGUCUUUUUAAAGUCAUUUCAAAUUGUUUAUUUUUUCAUACUGUGAAUAAAUUAUACCUAUAGUUUUGUUUUGUUAUUUCCACAUUUCAAUUGUAUAUUUAGUAUUAAUCAGAAUAUUAUAUCUGUGAAUGUAAAACCCUGUUUGCAUGCUCUAAAUAUAUCUUUUGCCACAGAGAAAGCGGAGGGAGAGAAAAAUACAAAUUAAAACAGGUACAAACCAUG